ACACGCACACACACACACAUACACACACAAACGCACGAAGAAAACAACGAAGAAGAGACCCAAACAAAAAAAAACACACAAAUUCGUCAUCGUCGCUGGAGUUUAGGCCUUAAAAAUGGCCAACAAUCCGACGCAGACGCUCCACCAGGCGAUCAAGACCGAGUUCGGCAUCCAGAACACCAGCGAUCUAUCCAAAUUAAGCAGUAUCAGUGGCACGAGCCCACAAGCGGCGCCGAGAUUUGCAAUUCCGCAGCUCAAAAUUCCCCAGCUGAAAAUUCCCCAGCUAAAAAUUCCACAAUUGCAGCUGCAGGCCAAUGCGGAUGCAGCAAUCCAGCAAGAAUCCCGCCAAGCGGCGGAAACACACAAUCAGCUGCUCCUCAAUGAGAUCCAGUUGAGGCAACGCCAGCGAUCGGAGAGCGAAAGCAAACCGCAGCCCGUGGAGUUUGUGAUACCCCCACUGGGAGCAACGCCCAAGGAGCCCCUGAGUAUACCCCUGCUGGACCGACUGGAGCGCGGCGUGGAUAAGCUGCAAAUAGGCGAUGGGGCAACGAGCCCAGACACGCCAGCAUCACCACUCAUUGACCUCUCCUCGACGGUAAUAGCUGAGAAUAGUGGCGCACCGCCCAAGGAGUCGGCCAGCAAGGCGCGCCAGCUGACCAGUCAUAAGAGCUUCGACAUACCCUUCAUUGCCUGCGAUCGAGAAAGAGGAAGCACGCCCACGGCCGAUGUCCUGGCCAGCAGGAGAUCCAUCAAUUACGAUGAGGACGAGCUGGCCGAUCGGCCGCCAGCGGAUACCGACUACCGGGAGCAACCGGGACCCAUCGGACUAAUGCUGGACGCAGUGGUGGGCUAUCCGGAGCCGCGAAAGCCACGUCUGGUGUACGCAGUCACCCCGCUGGAACGACAGCACCUGAGGAUGUGCCAGCACCAGGACUACGGUAGCCAGGUCAAGAGAUUCCGCUUCGAUACUCCCUCGCCGGAUGAGCUCGUGAAGCAGGCGCUGCAGAAGUCCUGGCGCGCCUCCCGCACUUGACCAUGUUGCGCAUAUUAGUUGACAAUUACCGAUAAGUAAAGCAAAGUAAUAAAUUCACUAAGUUCAAAAGAA